UUUGUUUUUCUGUAAAAUUUUUUCCAUUUUUAAUUGUUUUAUUUUUAAAAAUCCAAUGGUGAGAAUGAGAUAGACGUGAGAACUGUCUCUUCCUGUCUACAUUUAAUGCUCGACUACGAACCCGACCCAUUGAUUUCUCUCACCAAAUUCCCUCACUCCCUCUGUCUCUCCCAACCUCUGCUACUUCCCCUUUUUCUUCACCCGAAACCUCGCUAUUUCCCUUCUGAUGCCUUUUUGUUUUCUUUCAAAACCCUAACCCUAUUUUUGCAUUGAAUUUUGGAACAAUUUUUAGGGGAGCUCUUCAUGGAUCGACCUAGACAUUAUAGAUCUUUCCUAUCGUUGAUGUAAGUUCCUCUUUUAGCUUUGCGACCUCUCUUUUUUCUUUACUCUGGAGCCUGGACAUGUGGUUUCUUGGAUACAAUUAUCUUUUCUGAUGUGGAGUGAGUAGAUUUAGGUCCAUGUUUCGUUAUAUUUACAUCCUAUUUGAAGCUAUUGAACGGAUUUUGGUGGAACAAUGUAAACUAGUUUGAGACCAGCUCAGGCAUUGAAGUGGUUUUGGUCUAUGCACGAGGAAAUGGGGACUGAGAAACAUACUUUAAAGAAUGGAGCCGGCUAUGUUGGCGGCUUUCUUCAAUUGUUUGACUGGAAUGCAAAGUCCAGGAAGAAGCUGUUCUCCAACAGGUCUGAUGGUGAUGAACCAGAGGGAUUGAAACAAGGAAAGAGAAGUGAAGGGAAUUUGCCGAUGACACGACUUCGGCUGACGGAGGAGGAUGAGAUUGGAGGAGGAUCUAGUAUAAAAGGAAGUAGUGAUUACAGUUGUGCUUCGUCUGUCACCGAUGAGGAAGGAUAUGGCACUAGGCCCCCUGGGGUAGUGGCCAGACUUAUGGGAUUGGAUUCAUUGCCGACUUCUAAUGUCGCAGAGCCAUAUUCUACCCCAUUUUUUGACUCUCGGUCUCUUCGAGAUGCCCAAUACCAAAAGAGGACUCUUGAGUUUCACAAUGAGCGACAAAUUAUGCACUCUGGGAAUCUGUCCAAUAAUAAAAUAGAGAAUUUUUCUAGGAACAGUGUAGAACCAAGGCCUCAGAAGAUACCCAACAGGCCAAUUGAGAGGUUUCAAACUGAAAUACUGCCUCCAAAAUCUGCUAAAUCCAUUCCAAUUACCCACCAUAAGCUAUUAUCUCCUAUCAAGAGCCCUGGGUUUGUACCAACCAAGAAUGCGGCUCAUAUAAUGGAGGCAGCAGCAAAGAUUAUUGAGCCAGGGCCUCAGGCUAUGAUUAAGGGGAAAAUGCCAUCACUAAGUUCUUCUUCAAUCCCCUUAAAAGUUCGGGAUUUUAAAGAGAAACUGGAAGCUGCUCAAAGACCCUCCAGGAUUCCUGAAGCAUCUCGAAGACCUCUUGAGUCCAAUGCAGUUAAGCAUCUUAAGGGACAGUCUCUGAAUAAGAGCUGGAAUGGAUCAGAAGAUACACCACAGUUCAGGGCUUCUCCAGAUUCAGAAGAAAGUAAUUCUUCUGGUUUGAAGAAUAAGGGAAAAUCCAUUUCACUUGCUAUCCAAGCAAAGGUCAAUGUUCAGAGAAGAGAGGGUUUGGGAUCGAGUACCAACAGGAGUUUGCUGAACCAGAAGGAGCAAACUGAUGUUAAGUCGAACCAGCAAUUCAAGAACCAAAAAAAUGCCCAAAAGAAUAUGCAGAGGAAAUCUUCUACACAGAGUGCAACUGGUGUUCUCAGGCAGAAUAACCAAAAACAGAAUUGCACAACUAAUAAGGACAAAUUACCUUCGAAGCCUUCAGGAUCUAACCAACAAAGCAGAAAAAUUCUUUCUGGGGAUGCCUCCUUUGGACGGAGUAGAACAUUAAAUAAGGUUUCGGGAAACUCCAAGGUUGGGUGUAGGAAGAUUGGCCUAGAGGUUACAGACAUUGAGAAGGAGGUUUCAUCAUCUAGAACAAAUAGUUUCCCUCGGAAAAAACGUUCUAUUGAUGGGGAUUUCCACUUUGAAAAGAAUGGGGUUGUUAGUAAUAUUUUGGUUGAUAAAGAUGAGAAGCAUGUCCAGUCCAACAUAGCAGUGCACUCAAAGUGGACGGAAGAUAACACAAGGAAGGGGAUGGAUGUUGUUUCCUUUACAUUUACCUCUCCUAUGAUCAAAUCUGUUCCUGGAUCACAGUCCUCUGGUCAGGUGGUAGAAAAAAGCAGCAACUCUAGUCUAGAUACUCGUGGUGAAAAGUCCUGUGCUGAAGCGAAAAGUUCCAAAUUAUCCUCCCUUGGGUUGAAUGUAAUAGGAGGUGAUGCCUUGAGUAUUCUUUUGGAACAGAAGUUGAGGGAAUUAACAUAUGGAGUAGAGUCUUCCUGUCGGAACUCAGUCAAAGCAGGAAUUGUUGCAAGUUCUGCAUCAAUUCUACAAGAUUUAGUGUCGGCUCUAAAUGCAGUAAGCACCACACCAAGAGAAAUCGGCAAAGGGUCCCAAGUUGGGGUCAACACAGAUAAUUUUGGUAGCAUGUACAACACCACCUGCUCAUCGACUGAUGCUCAGAUGUUUAAGAUGGACCGUAACUUCAAGGGAAGAGGAGGAAUGGAUGAUUGUAGCAGCAGCAACAGAGAAGUAAGGAAGGAACUGAACCAUCGGCAUCCUAGUCCAGUUUCUGUUCUUGACCCUUCUUUCUCAAAUGAAAGUUGCAAUUCUUCAGAUAGUGGGGACAGUUACAGUACCAAUGGUAACAAGUGGGGUUUGUCUAUUCAAGCUCAGGAAGUGGGUUCAAGUUGUUCAAGGAAGUUUCAUUCAGGGGAAGCUGAGACAGAAUUGUCUGAUUCCGCAUCUUCCAUGUCUACUGAGACAUUAGGUAGAAAACAUGCAACCAAAUUCGAUGUGGCAGAUGACACAAGAUCAACCAAGUGGGAACUGGAAUAUGUGAGAGAGAUACUAUGCAAUGUAGAAUUGAUGUUCAAAGACUUCACAAUAGGUCGGGCUCAUGAAAUCAUAAAUCCUCGUCUCUUUGACCAGUUGGAGAAUCGGAAAACUGGGUUAAGAAAUCAACAGGAUUGGAAGGAUUCCAGAUUAAGGUGGAAAAUGGUGUUUGAUUGUGUGAGUGAAUGCAUGGAUUUGAGAUGCAGGCGAUGUGCUAGUGGGGGCUGCGAAACAUGGGCCAAGGGUUUAUCCAUGGUCCGAAGGAAGAAAUGGUUGGCUGAAGAAGUGUACAAGGAGAUUUCAGGGUGGAGAAGCAUGGGGGAUUCGAUGGUUGAUGAGCUCGUAGACAAAGACAUGAGCAGCCAGUAUGGAAGAUGGCUCGAUUUUGAAAUUGAGGCAUUUGAAUUGGGUGUAGAAAUUGAACAGGAGCUAUUAAGUUCGUUGGUUGAUGAAGUAUUUGCUGAUAUCAUCUCGGUUUAAGCAUUUAAGAAGGUUCUUUUACCUCUGUAAGCUGAUCUUCCGUAUCUCUUUCAGUUGAGGUUCUUGUAUUGUAUCACCUAUUUAAUUCAUGGAAACAAAGAUUUUUUUUUGUCGAGCUUAUUCUUUGUGAUACAUGAGCGUGAUGAGAACAUCUCUCUA